AAUAUUCCUCAUCCAUGGACCCCUCUAACCAUGGCCUAGAGAAGCCUCAAGUGCUUCUCGGCUGGGGAGACAGACGGCGCAACGGGGGUGUGAGAUGCUUCAGGCACUAGCUUUCCCCUUGUGGCUUCCUCUUCUUCCCCCUCCCCGCCUUCUCUGUCUUGGAGUAAGUGCUCUUACCCACAGGCUUCCCCUUCCUUCUGUCUAGUUGUUACUUUGAGUCAUCUGUGUUGCAGACGGACUGUGUAAGGAGGCUGCUGUGCCCAUGGACGUGCUGGGAGAAGGGGCCCAAGGAACAUGGUCGCUUUGAGCCAGUGAGAGGCAGAAACUCUUGCUGCGCAGAGCCAGACAAAGCCUCGGCAGGUCAUAGAGGCCUCGACACUGAGAAAAGAACGUGACAUAACCUGACACUAACUGGGGGAAGAGUGAGGUUUCCCAGCCUGGCCCAAAAUACACGAAGGCCUGGCCUGUCCGUGUUUUCUUGCUCUCGGCCAUGUCGGAACAGGAAGAGGACGAGAUGUGUUGGAAUAACUUGGAGAACUUCCGGGUGAAGCUGAUCUCCGUGAUAGACCCCUCCAGAAUAACACCGUAUCUCCGCCAGUGCAAAGUGAUUACCCAUGACGACGAAGAGCAAGUCCUUAAUGACCCCAACCUGGUCCUCCGGAAGCGGAAAGUAGGUGUCCUCCUGGAUAUUCUGCAGAGAACGGGCCUGAAAGGUUUCGAGGCCUUUCUCGAGAGCCUGGAGCUUUACUACCCGCAUUUAUAUAAGAGAAUAACCGGCAAGGAGCCCAGCAGGGUCUUCUCGAUGAUUAUAGACUCGGCCGGGGAGUCUGGCCUGAGCCAGCUCCUGAUGAACGAGAUCACGAAGCUGCAGAGCAUCGUGCAGGAGGAGAGGAGGAAGGCCCAAGAUCUCCACCUGCAGCUCCAGGCCAAGGAGGACGCCCUCAAGGAGAUGCGGGUGAGGGACAGCGUGCUGCGCAAGCACCAGGAGAGGGCCCAGAAGAUGAAGGAGGAGCGGGACCACCUGAGCAAGGAGCUGCGGAAAUGCAAGGACGAGAACUACGAGCUGGCUAUGAGCUACGCCAGGCAGAGCGAGGAGAAGAACGCAGCCCUGAUGAAGAGCCGGGAUCUGCAGCUGGAGAUCGACCGUCUGAGGCACAGCCUGAUGAAGGCCGAGGAUGACUGCAAACUGGAGAGGAAGCACACCAUGAAACUGAAGCACGCCAUCGAGCAGCGGCCCAGCCACAGAGUGGUGUGGGAGAUCCAGCGGGAGAAGGAGCUGCUGCUGGCCAAGAACCAAGAGCUGGAGAACACGCUCCAGGUCGCCAAAGAAGGGAACUUGGACAAGAACAGCCUCUACAUCCAGACUCUGGAGGCUGAUCGGAGACGGGUGCUGGCAGAGCAUCAGGAGCUGGUGAACACAAUCUACAGCCUGCGCAAGGAGCUGCAGAGAGCAGAGGACCUCCGGGACAAACACGUGGAGGAGAAGGAGGUGCUGGAGCUGCAGUGCACGGCCCUGCGGAAGGACUCCCGGAUGUACAAGGAUCGCAUCGAGGCCAUCUUGAAGCAGAUAGAGGAGGUGGCGGCCGAGAGAGACCAGGCGCUGCUGACCCGAGAGCAGUUCCACACGCAAUACUCCAAGAGCCUGGUCGCCAAAGACGCCUACCGCAAGGAGAUCCGGGAGCUGGGGGAGCGGUACGACGAGAUGCAGCUCCAGCUGUUCCAGAAGGAAGGCCAGUUACUAGCCGCCGAGGCCAAGCUGAAAAGGUUGCACCAGGAACCGCCCGUGCUGACCUCUGACCUAGAUGACACCUCGCCCAGAAGCUCCCUCGAGCUCUCUCUCCAUGGGAACCUAGAUGGGACCCUGGCUGAGGACACGCAGCAGGCGGAUCCAACGGAUCACCCUGACGGUGGGAACCAGCAGUUCAGUGCUUUGGAAAACAUCCAGCGCCUGCCGUCCUCAAACGAGGGGGGUCCAACCAACGGGGAGCUGGCUGAGAAGGAGCGACGGCGGAUGAAGGACAGCUUUGAGCACUAUCGGAGAAAGAGGGCAUUGAGAAGGGUGCAGAAGGGAAGACACCAUGAAGUGGAUUGGGAAAACACCACUGGUAGUGACAACACAGACACUGAAGGCUCCUAACAGCAUCAGCCCAACUGCAACAGGAAUUUAAAAAAAGUUUGCUGGGGUUGUAUGCAAGAAUCUUCCCUUCUACCUACCUACGGGGUUGGCAUUAAAAACUUUUUUCUAACCAACCAUCUUGAACACUGCCCAAGUUGAAGACACUUAAAUGGGAAGCUACCUGGAGUAUAUUUCUUCCUCUGCCACAGCAACUCUCCAUGGCCUUGGCCAAGUCACCUAAUCAGUUCAUGUAUCUGUGCUGCAGCCUCUCAGAACCCUGAUUCUUCUGUAUUGAAUGGGGAUGACGUGCUCCUGGAAGUGAUCUGAGUUUAAAUGACUUAGAGCCAGGGGAGUGUAAUAGCCGGGGGAUCACAGCGGCGGUAGCACAUUGUACAUUGCAAUAGUCUGUGCAAAAAGGAAGCGGAGUAAAAAAUAAACAAUUUGCUUCAAAAAUGAGCUUCAGGGGUGCGCUCGCCCUAAAGCCUGGGAACAGCUGUUGCUGUGUCAGCACCUAAGGAUGGGAUGUGGCCAAGCCCCUGAACUUCUCCAGCCUGGGGGGGACAGAGCC